AUGGCGGAGGUGGAGGCUCUGCCGCCGCUGGCGCCGGCGCUGGCGCCCAACGCCGCGGUGCUGGCGGCCCAGCUGGGCCAGCUUGCUCUGGAGCAGUCGCUUGAGCAGUCACAUUCACCCUCAGAGCAGCAGACUGCCAGCCCGCCGGGGGCGCCGUCACGGCAGCCCAUCCACGAGCGGCACACCGCCUGCAGCAGGCUGCAUGCGCUGGUGGAUCCAGAGUCGGAGAGCGCCGCCGCGAUCAAGGCCCUGCUGCGCAUCGGCGAGCCGCGGCCCGGCCCUGCCGCGCUGCCGCAGCUGGGCGCCGGCGCGACAGAGUAUGCGCGGCGGCAUGGGGAGAGCAUCCGCGACCUGGUGGCCCGCAAGCGCCAGAUCUUCCUGGCGCAGAUGAGCCUGGACACAAAGCACAGCGAGAUCGCCAAGCUGGAGCAGCGCAGUAGGCAGUGGGAGGAGGCACUGGCGGCCUCGGAGGCGGCCCUGGAUGCAGACUCCCAGCGGUUUGAGGAGUACCUGAAGGAGAACGACGCCAAGCUGCAGGAGGCGCUGCGGCGGGCCGAGGCGGAGGCGCGGGCGCGCGCCGAGAAGGCGGCAGAGGCCAAGCGCCUGGCCGCCGCCAUCGCCGCCCUCCGCUCCGAGAUGGGCAAGAUGGAGGAGCAGCUGGAGGAGUGCAAGACCCUCAAGGCCUUCCUGGACAGCGUGACUCCCCAGGAGUGGUUUGAAGGGCUGGCGGCGCAACGGGACAGCCAGAAGGCGGCGCUGCGGGCGGCCUGGCAGGAGCAGUGCGACGCCAUCGCGGCGCGCAAGCGGGAGGCGGCGGCGGCGCAGCAGCGUGCGGAGAACGACAUGCAGUGGGCGCGCACGCAGCAGCAGUUUGAGCGGGCGGAGCGGGCGCAGCGCGAGGCGGCGGCGGCGCUGCGCGAGGCGCUGGCGGAGCAGGACCCUCCCGAGCCGGACUACGGCGUGCUGGAUGUGGAGGAGGAGGGCCUGCACUUCCGGGACCCCUCCCAGCUGCUGGCGGUGUUCAGCCAGCUGCAGGGCUCCAACAUGUUCCAGAUCCAGACCGCCCAGGACGCAGAGUCGGCGGUGGAGGCGGCGCGCGCAGACCACGCCGCCACCACAGCCGCCCUGGACGCCGACGCCGCCGGGCUGCGGCGCCAGGUGGCGGAGCUGGAGGCGGGGGUGGCUGCCAGCCGGGAGCGGUCGGCCAGACUGCAGGCCGCCGCGCGGCAGAGCUUGGAGGGCGGCGGCGGCGGGGUGCUGGGCAGGGAGAGCAGCGGCGGCAGCGUCGCCGGGGCCGGCGGCGCCGGCUCCGCCAGUGGAGGCGGCGGCGGCAGCCACCCACAGGUGCAGCCGCUGGGGCUCGGCCUGGGCCCGCUGUCGGAGGCGGUGGCGGCGGCGUACGAGGCGGCUGGGUUUGCGCGGGACGCCAGCGUCACGCCGCUGCAGAUGCUGCAGAAGCUGGAGGGGCGGCUGGAGGAGUGGCUCGCGGCGCUGGGCCCGCCCGGCGGGCCGGUGGCGCUGCUGGCUGAGCAGGUGGAGCGAGGGCGGGAGAAGGAGCGGCGGCAGGCGGCGCGCGCAGACAAGCUGGCGGCGCGGCAGGCUGAGCAUGAGUCGCGCGUGGCGCGCGUGCUGGCGCGCGCCGCGGCCCCCAAGUUCCAGAAGAGCGGCAAGCCGGCGAUGACGCGCAGCGUGCUGCAGCGCGAGGAGCGGGGCGGCGGCGGCGAGCGGGACGACGACGCGGAGGAGGAGCUGCGCGCCUUUCUGGCGCUGGUGGAUGAGGCCAUCCCUGCCGACCAGUGA